GAUACGCUGACGAGCGUCAUCGUUGCGAACGAACACAUUUACGGCGUCGCCGCCGUCACGACGGCGCUUGUGGAGAAGGCACGGGGCCUUCACGGCGCCUCGCCGACCGCCGCCGCGGCGCUGGGCCGGCUGCUGACGGGCGGCGUCCUGAUGGGUUCGUUGCUGAAAGACGCCGCGCACCGCGUGACGCUGCAGGUGAGCAGCAAGGGGCCGGUGCGGAGUAUUCUGGUGGAGGCAAACGGGGCGGGGCAGGUGCGGGGCUACCUGGGACAACCCGCCAUCAACGUACCGUCACGCAACGGCAAGCUCGACGUCAGCGGCGCUGUGGGCAAAGGCAUUCUGCACGUCAUCCGGGAAACCGGCGCCUCCGAACCAUACAGUGGCACCGUGCCGUUGGUGUCCGGCGAAAUCGCCGAGGACCUGGCGUCGUACUUCGUGCAGUCCGAGCAAAUCCCCAGCGCCGUGUCCUUGGGCGUAUUCGUCACCCCCGACCACACCGUGGCCGCCGCCGCCGGCUUCCUGGUGCAAUUUCACGCCGACGUCGAUGAUGACCUGGUUGUUCACGUCGAGCAGGCCCUCGGCGCCGUACCGUCCGUCACCACCCUGGUGUGCGAGGGAUACGGCCCGCAAGACAUCCUGCGCCGUGCCCUCGGCGGCCUGGACCUUGACGUCGUCAAAGACGCCGCUCCCGCCUGGCACUGCGGCUGUUCCCAGGAUCGCGUCGUCCGCGCCCUCCUCGCCUUGGGGCCGCAGCAACUCGGCCAACUCAUCAGCGAGCAACCCGAAACCCAGGUCCGCUGCGAGUUUUGCACCACCGAGUACACGUUUUCACAGCAGGAAUUGUCACAAAUGAUGGCGGACGCGAUGGCGUGA